AUGAAGAAUUUCAUUCCCAUCAUUAUCGCCUUCCUGGCUACCUCUGUCUUUUCAGCGCCUUCAGCAGAGAAGAUAUCACCUGAACCGGGAGAUGCAGGCCUGAGGUCUGCCCCAAAGGUCAAUAUUGCUCCACUGAAACAGGCCUAUGCAUGCUCAAGCCGGGACCAUUGGGAAACCGUGCAUACUGUUCUAAAAAUGCACAAUAGUCUGUGUCAAGGUAUCUGCCUUGAGAAGGGCGAAAACGCUCCAAAGUUGGAUGACGAACUCGGGCACGCCUGUGAUCUUGACAUUGGUCUAGGCUGUGCAGGCAACAACCUGUACUGUGAAGACAAAAAAUGUGUUUCCGGCGGUGGACUGGGAAAACAGUGUUUCAAAUCGGACGAGGAUGUCUGCUCCCAUACCAUGGCAUACUGUGCUUGGAACAGUACGGAUACAGGAACCUGUGAAGCCAAGAAUGGCUGGGGUGGGCCUUGCAUAAGCGCGCACGGCGCAGUACGACCAGAGGCAUGCUGGUCUAAUCGAUGCUAUGAUGGGUACUGUGCACUCAACUCGACAAUCUAUCACAGCCUCGGUGAUUCUUGUAAAACUGCGGCCGACUGCAAGGCGGACCCUGAGCUCAAUUUGGAGUGUGUGCGCAAUUUCAGGGGUUAUGGCCCGGCCCGCUAUUGCGCACCAGAGCCCAAGAAAGGAGAGGUAGGGCACCUUUGCAACUCAAGCCAAGACUGUGAGGGAUAUAAUCGACUAUGUUACAAGGGACCUGGUGAAGAGAAAGGCGAUUGCGUGAACUUAGACCAGGUCGAAGAUCAGCAGUGCAAAACCGACGCGGACUGUGGAGGAUUGAAAGAAGACACAGCAUGCAAAAAAUUUGGGGCUCAAUGUAAGGACAACAAGUGCAAAGAGGUUUUAUUCAUUGCCAAAUACAGUGGGAACCUAAUCAAUUCGGCCAAAGCUUUAUUAGCAGGCUGUUAG